AUGGUGUGCCGGCAGUAUUCGCUGGCGGAGGUGGCGGCAGCGACGGGCGAGUGGGCGGAGGCGAAGCGCAUUGGCAGCGGCAGCUUCGGGGAUGUGUACAAGGGCGCCAACCCCACCGCUCCCCAUGAGAUCUGGGCCGUCAAACGCGCCAAGGUCCUCACCAACGACUUCAAGCGCGAGGUGAACGAGAUGGCAACAAAGAGCCAUCCGAAUCUGGUGAGGCUGCUGGGGUACUGCAUGGACUAUGACCCGGUGGCGGAGCGCAUGGAGCAGAUCGUCAUCUACGAGUUCGUCGAUAAUGGCGACCUCGACCGCUGGAUUGGACCCCGUGAGCCCUUCACUGCCUCUGCCACCUCAUUGCCCAGCCUUGCCGACUUUGGAGUGGUGAUGCUGACACUCAUCACAGCUCGCAAGGCCAUCUACAAUGCGGAUGCUGAUCAGAUCAACCUCAAGCAGUGGGUGGCUCCGCUGCUAGCCGCUGGAGACGCGGGCGCGAUGAGGGAUCCGCAGCUGGAGGCGCCGGACGACUUGGUGCUGCGCAUGGCCCGCCUCGCCCUGCGCUGCACCGCCAUGCCCACCGCCUCUCGCCCCUCCAUCAGCCGCGUGCUCGGCGAGCUGCUCGUCAUGAAGGAGGAGUUUCUUGGGAAAGACGAGGACAGGAUGGCGGUUCGCAUUGACCGCGACUUAGAGAUCUCCUCGGAUGUCAACCUGAGCAUGGAGAUUGCGCGUGCCCAGGGAGCAAAGAGCAGUGGAGGGCUCUCUAGCAACCCCUAG